CCGCGCGAAGUCGAAAACUCUUUGGCGCGGGCGCGCUCAGGCGCCUCUCCCGCGCGCCCGCGCCCUUUACAUCCCGCCCCUUCUUCCCUCCUCUCAACCCCACUCGCUUCUUCCCCAAUUCCCUCCCAAUCUCACUCACCUCCAAAUUCCACAGCCAAUUCGCACGGCUCGCCAUGCCGACGCUUCGCAGCGCCACGUCGAGCCCGGUCAAGGCGGCCACCGUCUCCCCGACUGCGGUCACCACCCCGCGCAGCGCCAAGCGCCGCCUGACUUCUCGCCGUGCCGCCGAGUCGCCCGAUUCGCCCCAGUUCACCUCCCCCGGCAUCUCCCCGCUCGCCGGCUUCGGCACCAUUUGCACCCCAAAGAUGCUUUCGGCGUCGCCAAAGUCCUCCCGGAAGCGUCUGUACGGCGACCUCGUCGCGGCCGAGAAGCCCAAGUGGAAUCCGCGAGAUCCGGCGCAGAUGCAGGCGGUCAAGGAGGCGCUGCACGUGGGCACGGUGCCCUCGUGCGGCUUGGUUUGCCGGGACGACGAGCAAAUGCGCGUGUUCGAUUUUUGCAAGGCGUGUGUCGAACAGGAGAGGGCAGGGAGCCUCUAUGUAUGCGGGUGCCCCGGUACAGGGAAGACUCUGUCAAUUAACAAAGUCAAGGAGAGCGUGUCGUGCUGGGCUGAUAAGAUGGGAAUAGAGACGCCUGAUGAUUUGUCAAUCAAUUGCACAAGCCUUGGAAAAACAUCUGACAUUUUUAUUAAGAUACUUGAAAAACUCCACGUUCGAAAGAAGGCAAGUGGCAAAUUGUCGCCACUUCAGCAACUGCAGCGGAUGUUUUCCCACAAAGAAUCUGCUCCAAGAAGGAUGUUAUUGGUCAUUGUGGAUGAGAUGGACUACUUAAUAACAAGAGACCGGGCUGUGCUACAUGACCUUUUCAUGCUUACGACCCAACAGUUCUCAAGAUGCAUACUCAUAGGAAUUGCGAAUGCCAUUGACCUAGCGGAUCGGUUUCUUCCAAAGCUUGAAUCCUUGAACUGCAAGCCGCUUGUUGUAACUUUCCGUGCUUAUUCCAAGGAUCAAAUAUCCAACAUAAUUAAUCAUAGGUUAAAGGUUCUUGAGUAUAAUGUUUUUGAACCACUGGCCUUAGAAUUUUGUGCUAGGAAAGUAGCUGCAGCCUCUGGAGACAUGAGGAAAGCUCUUGGUGUUUGCAGGAGUGCUGUGGAAAUAUUUGAAUCAAAACUACAAGAUUCUUCUGAUCAAGAAUUUGGAGUUGUAACAUUUGACCAUAUGGAUAUUGCCUUGUCAAAGGUAUUCAAGUCACCAGUAGUCGAUAGCAUACUUUGUCUUCCACAACACCAACAGAUGGUGUUGUGUGCAUUGGCAAAUACCUUUCAACAUUGCAAGAAAAAGGUUACAACUCUAGGCGAGCUCAACAAAUCAUACAUAGAAAUUUGCAGAUCAACCCAAGUUCCAGGAAUUGGGAUGCUUGAAUUUUCUAACAUGUGCAUGAUUCUGAGUGAUCAGGGAUACUUGAAGCUAGGGCAAUCCAAGGAAGAUAAGCUCAGGAGAGUAACACUUCAGAUUGACAUUUCAGAUAUCACUUUUGCAUUUAAGGGUAACCGAUUCUUUCAGAAGUGCCUGGAACAACCGAAAUUUUAGCGAUAACACCAUGCUGCCUUGCUAUGUGUAUACAUUAUCUCUUUAUAGUCAUGUACUAGUACAAAUGUAUCAAACCGAGGUUGCCCAAAAAUCUCAGGGGCUUGCAUUGUUGUACCAUGCCGUGGUAAAUUACCAGGAUCGUUGAUUUAUGAAGAAACUCUUUAGCACCGAGAGUGUACAUUUGAGAUGAGUUUUUGUAGUUCUCACACAUUUUUUCCAAAGGAUAGUGGUUUGUGAUUCAUCUUUCUUUCUUCCGUUGCAAUUGAUCAUGAAGUAGCCAUUGAUCUACCCACAAGUUUUUUAGCUGAGAGAAGUAAUGCUGAGCUGGGUCAUUUUGUAGUGUCUGAGUUUUCAAAGCAACCGUAUACUAGUGAUAUCUAAUUCAGACCUCUUUUUCCUUGAGGCUGUUACGGAAAACAUAUUUUUUGUUGAUGACAA